AUGCAUGGACAGGGACGAACUACGAAAAAAAGUGAGCGAGGAGGAACUGAGAGUGGCACAAAAGAGAAGUCGGGAGAAUGGGUGUUGAUCGAUGAAACGAACAAAACCGAGUUACUAGCCUCUGGGGGGCUGGAUGCACCGCUGGCAUCUACAAGUGAAGCUACCGAGAGCAUGCUGCCAUUCGCUGAUGCAGACCUUUUGACGGAUGAAGGAUCGAAGUCAGACGACGGGGAGGACAGGGACUUGGACUGCCUGUCUUCCUCAGCUGUAGCCUCGGAGGGUCCAUUAACGACAGAACGCAUCUUCUCAUCAUUCUUCAAUGUUGUUUCUACGGCCCUCCUUGCAUUGCAGCCUGAUCUUGCUCACACACGCAACUUAUCACGCACCUGGAGUGCGGCAAAUUCAUCACGCCCAGUACCUGGUGAAGAAAUCCCGCGCAAACCAGAUCUUACCCUACUAGACAAUGUUGAAGCUAGGUGGGAUACGAUCAAAGCGGUAUGCGAGUUGACAUCCAGCGCAUACAAACCUUCGAGCACCCUUGCGAAGACUCUUGAUACCAAAGCAUACCUUCUUCUAAAGCACCAACCCUGGAGACGGUUUGCGCUGCUGAUAUCCUUGUGCAAUGGGUAUCGCGAUCUUCGUGUCCACCUGUACGACCAUUCCGGAGGUGUCGUAAGCCCUUGCACUAACAUCGAUCAAGAACCAGACAGAUACUUGUAUAUCUUGUCAUGCGUUGUAUUUGGUAAUCUUGAGUGCAUCGGAUACGACACCACAAUCAGCAUAUUCGCGCAUACACUUCCGCAGACUCUCAAAACACAUUCUACUUGCCUCCUGCAGAACGAAGGUUCAUCCCAGGACGUCGCACCAACUCACUCCCCGGGCCAGAUCGAGAGCACAUCCCCCCCCCAGUUCGAGAGUACAUCUUCACUUGCUAGUACCACUCCUCAGAUUGACUUGGAGACAGAACCUACCGAGGAUAACGCCGAUGAAGAUGACGGUAGCUUCCCAGUGGAACUCCCAAUAGAGAUCCCUCAGGAUCCUCUUCUCGAACCUCUGCCGGAGCCAAUCGGGAAGAUACGGGUCAACGACCAUUUUUAUGACAUUUUGGAUAUUAUUUUUUCGAGGCAGGGUCUUGUGGGCCGCGGUACUGUUUGCUAUCAUGUGAGGAAGAAUGAUGAGGAGUUUAUAAUCAAGGACUACUGGGCCAUUGGAGGAAAUAAAGAAGCCUUGAAUGAAAUCAAGAUGAUGGAGAAGAUGAAAGGCGUCUGUGGUGUCCCCCAGCUGGUUGAAUAUUGGCUCGUUGAGGUCACCCCUGGCAAGUACGAGUUGCUGGCCUCGGUACGGGAUAUCGUGCAAAUUCAGAAGGAAGCAGUUGAACAACGCAAUGUUCUUCACCGCGAUUGUAGUCUCUUCAAUGCCAUGAUCGAGGACGAUGGUAACGGCACCCACGGAAUGCUGAUAGAUUGGGAGUUUGCCGUGAAGAUCUUGAAGAAUCAGAGUUACACUGUUGGGGGCACCGGCACAUUACCCUUCAUGUCCCGAGCACUUCUCCUGCAGCUCCACCUCAAGACUCCAACUGAUGUGCUCGAGCUUAAGGGGGCCUCAAGUUCGAGACCAUACCCACCCCCCCUAAUCAAGCACUGCUACCAAGACGACCUCGAGUCCAUGUUCUAUGUCUUCAUAUGGAUUCUCAUCGAGUUCAGGGGUCCCCUUGGCAUGAAGCGUAUUCUCGACAAGAGCCACAAUUGGAUACCGCACGAGUGGUCUGCCUCGAAGUUCAAGACGUGCUGCGAUAGUAAAACAUCAUUUUUUUGGCACGAUGAGCACUACGUCAAGGAGCUUACUGAACAAAUCCAUCCAUACUUCAAAAGCCUCAUUCCUGUUGUGUUGGAUUGGUAUGAGCUCAUGAAAAACCCGAAAAACGUGCAUUUCGACGACGUGCUUACGGUGUUGAAUAAACAUCUUGCGGACCUUCCGAUGGAUGAGCCCUCACCCGAACUCCUGGUUUCAAGGUGGUUGCUCAGGGCACUCAAGGAACAGGAUGAGAAAGAUGAGAAGGAGGGCCCAAGUGUUGAGGAAAAGAUGUCGCAGUCGGUUGCUGGGACUCUGCCGGGCAACAAGAACAAGCGAGUCAUAGAUUAUCGAUGGACGAUGGAAGCUAUGCCCAAGCCGAAGAGGUCCAAGACUCGGAGAUAG